CCCCACCUUUGCAUGUGAUGUGCACCCACACACACACGCACAAGCAAUAUAUACACAUCUCCACCUACACUCCCUACACUUGUAGCCCAUACACAUUACACAUUGCAUACUAGUACUACUCCUAGCUUCUGCAAGCUUGAAGGGGAAGGAGCGAGGAAGAGUGGAAGAGAAGCAGAGCAGAGGGAAGAAGAAAUGGCGCAGCUGCCUCCGAGGGCGCCGAGCGCGGCGGGGCAGCAGGACUGGUCGGCUGCGGGCGAGUUCCUCGGGUUCGCGGCGUCCAGGCGGGGUGCGCACCGGCGCUCGGCCAGCGACUCGGCGGCGUUCCUGGAGGCCGUGCCCAUGGACGACGACGUCAUUGGCGGCGGCGAGUUCGACAGGCUCGACGACGAGCAGCUCAUGUCCAUGUUCUCCGACGUCGACGCGCCGGCCGUGUCGUCCGACGGCGGGGGCGGCGGCUUCAUGGACAUGGGGGACGGGGAGGAAGGGUCCGCCGGCGCGCGCGCAAUGGCCGCCGCCGAAGGAGGAUACGGUGACCCCAAGAGGGUUAAAAGGAUAUUGGCAAACAGGCAGUCAGCGCAAAGGUCAAGAGUUAGGAAGUUACAGUACAUCUCUGAGCUUGAACGCAGCGUCACCGGUCUCCAGAUGGAGGUGUCAGCGCUGUCCCCUCGAGUAGCUUUCCUGGAUCACCAGAGGUCACUGCUCACCGUCGGCAACAGCCAUCUCAGGCAAAGAAUUGCCGCCCUCGCACAAGACAAGAUCUUCAAAGAUGCUCACCAAGAGGCGCUCAAGGAGGAGAUUGAGCGGCUAAGGCAGGUGUACCACCAGCAGCAGAUCAAGGCCACAGGCGGCGCUGAUAUCGCUACGGCCGCCUCGAUGCAGGCCAAGCAAGAGCUGCUGGCGUGCGAGGGAGCCGCAAUGCGAUAGCGAGAAAUGGCACAACCAGCCUCUUUUUGUGGUGAUUUUUCUUUUCUUUUGGUGAUUCAUCGUGUGGAAAGACACGACUGUUAGUAGAUCAUUUGUGCAGUUUGACCAAGUUCGUUGUUUUCUUUGUAUGUGAUGUUGGCUCACCCUAGCGAUAAUUGUGCUGGGAUGGGAAAUUGUUGGUGGAUGUAUUGUUUGGACCGUUCUUAUAUUUGUUUUCGGUAAAGAUAUCUGCAAGAUGGUUUCUCACAUUUCUUCA